AGACUUCCUUGACGGACCGCUUAUAAUUGUGAGCUGACCGGAGACUCUGAGGGAGCGAUCGUCGUCGCCGUCGUCGGAGGAGGAGCAGGAGAAGAUGGCGGAGUCCGUCACCGCCGCGGCGUGGAUGCUCGCGAUGCUCGCCGCGUUCUCCCUCGCUCACUGCAUCGACGACAAGUGCGCCGCCUGCAAUGCCGUCGCGGGAGAGCUGGAAAUCGGUCUUUCCAAUGAAAAGCCGAGGAAUCAUUUGGAUAUGAGGCAUCGCUUGGAUUCUAGAGGUCAGCGUGAAGGAAAGCUCAUUGAUUAUAGGGUCAGCGAGCUGAGAGUGGUCGAGCUUCUGGAUGGACUAUGUGAAGAGAUGCAAGAUUAUACUCUCGAGAAGAGGGAUUCUACCCAACUAGAAUGGGUGAAAGUAGAUGACUGGGAUCAAUUGAAGACCAACAAACAGGAAGCUAGAGCACAUUCCAAAGCUAUAUCAACUUAUUGUGGAAGGUUACUUGAGGAGACAGAAGAUGAGUUGGCGAAACUUAUAAGACAAGGUGCUGUGAAAGUUGGAGGUGUAACCAAGGUUGUGUGUCAAGAUUUGAGCAAGCACUGCAGCCAGACAAGUGGUUUUCAUGAUGGGGAUGGCCCGGCUGAUGAUGCUAAGGAAGAACUCUGAUUCAACAUGACGAGACAAAUCUCGUCUUUCAGAUCUAUGAGAACAGAUACUGUACAACUGAACGACAAUUAGAAAGGAAAAUGGGAUCGUAACCGAAUGAGCGAGCUGCUCCCAAAGUGGGAUUGCGAGAAUUCUUUCUCCUUUGUAACACAAAUUUUGCUUUCAUCUUGGAUUGUGUUCAACAGCUGUCUUUUCAACAUUACAUGCUGGACUAACUAAUUAUUCCUGUGGCUUACCAGAGACAUCAGUACACUACUGAGGAAACCCUCUCCGGGUUGCCCUCAUCAUCCACUGACAAAGCCAUGUCACAGGCUUCGAAUCGGAUGUUGUUUACCACUAUAAUAUGUUUCAGAAAUGGAUCAACUACCAACGCUUGUUUAGUGCA